AUGGCGAAGCAAGUUGAAAAAAACUUCACCUGGGUGAUAAAGAAUCCCACCUCUUUAUCAGUUUCUGAUCAAUUUCUGAUUGCUGGAUGUAAAUGGCAUCUUACUGCCUGGCCUAAGGGAGAGAACCUUGAGUUCUUCUAUCAGUAUCAGGGUGUAGCAGAUUCUCAGUCAUUGCCUUGUAGAUGGAGAAGACAUGUAAAACUUAGCUUAAUUACAGUUAAUCGAGUAUCUGAAAAACUCUCUAUAGUGACAGAUUCAGAGCUUUACUUUGAUGAGAAGACUCCCUCGCGUCGUUAUCCAACCGUACUCCCUCCUUCAAAACUUCUUGCAAAAGAUGGCGGAUUUUUGGUAAAUGGAGAACUAAAGAUUGUUCUUGAGGUGGUUGCUCAUGAAGUUAUUGGCACAUCAGGUGAAUUAGAGGAUUCUAAACUAUUGAGCAAAACUAAUUCUUUACUCAACAAGAAUCGACAAAACGUGAGCGUUAGUGUCAAGGGGCUUCAAGUUCAUCCUUCACAGGUACAAUUUGUGAAGCGUAUAUUUGAAAAAUACCCAGACUUUGCAUCCAAGUUUCAUUAUGAGAAUCGGUAUCUGAAGUCAGCAUACAUGAAUCUCCUCCUCGGAAUAAUUGAGACGCUGUGCCAACAACAGCCUCUGGAGCUCUCUGAUGAUGAUCUGCAUGAGGCAUCUGUUGCAAUAUCAAUCGUGAAAAAGGGAGGUUUUGAAGUGGAUUGGUUGGAGAAGAAGCUCGAGCAAUUAAAGGAAAAGAAGAAGCAAGUGGAAACUGGUCAGUCUAGGCUUCAACAGAUGGAGGAUGAGAUGCAGAAAUAUAAUCAGAAAUGUUUAGACUUGAAAGCUCUUAUGGAGAAGGAGAAAGCAGAUGUUUCGGCUGCUAAUGUAGCUAUCUCGUUUGAUGAUGUUUUUUGAUGUUCUUGUGUUGUGCUUAAUUUUUUUAGUUUAAUUAUG